UUAUUAAUUUAGAAGGUGUUUUUAUCCAAAAGUCCAUAUGUAUUAAAAAUUUAAAAUACACAAAAUGUAUGAUACUUUUUCAAUUGCAAGUAAAAACUUCCCCAUGUGACAGCAGUAGUCUGUCCUAUAUAAAGCCCGGUGAUGCUCCACGAGCUCAUUCAGGUGCGGAGAGUCAGAGGAGUGGCACAGAUUCACGCAGCAACCGUUUUUAAGUCUGGGAAUAAAGAGUUUAUGCGCCUAAAAAGGAUCGCAGGCUGCACCUGUAGGGUGACUUCAAGGAAAACAUUUGUGUAGCGCAUGGAAUCUAAUUGAAAUUGUAUGGGUGCGUAAAGCCGUGCCAUGCAGGGGAACAGCAGCGCGUUGGCACCGAGUUUAGCGGCAUGCGGUCCGGCACUGGACGAGGGCGAUGCGCUGUCGAACCGGAUCGCUCUCCACAACCUGUCGCUCCGCUGCUGGCUGCAGCUGCUCUCUAAAGAGUCCGCGGCGGAGCUCUACGGCGACAGCUCGAGCAUGGCCAUGCGCGUCGUGAUCGCGCUCGUCUACCUGGUCGUGUGCGCGCUGGGGCUCGUCGGGAACCUGCUGGCGCUUUACCUGCUCCAUUCGCGCCACAGACUCAAGCAGUCGUCCAUCAACUGCUUCGUCAUGAGUUUAGCCGUGACGGACCUGCAGUUCGUCCUGACUCUACCGUUCUGGGCCGUGGACACCGCUUUGGACUUCAGAUGGCCGUUUGGAAAGGUGAUGUGCAAGAUCAUCAGCUCGGUCACCACCAUGAACAUGUACGCGAGCGUGUUCUUCUUAACAGCCAUGAGCGUUGCGCGCUACUGCUCCCUGUCCUCAUCCCUACGGAUGCAGUGUCCCAAAACGGCCUCGGCUGAGGUCAAGUGGGCCAGUUUGGGAAUCUGGAUCGUGUCCGUGGUGGCCACCAUUCCUCACGCGGUUUACUCAACCACGGCGCAGGUGUCCGACGACGAGCUGUGUCUCGUCCGCUUCUCGGAUUCUGGUAACUGGGACCCACAGCUGCUUCUGGGUCUCUAUCAAACCCAGAAGGUACUUCUGGGCUUCGUAAUUCCGCUGGUCAUUAUCUGCGUUUGUUACCUCCUCCUGUUGCGCUUCGUUCUGCGGCGGCGCGUCAGUGGAAUCCCCGGCUCGGACAGCGAGAGAGGGCGGCACAAGCGCCGCACCAAAGUCACCAGAUCGGUCACCAUCGUGGUUCUGUCGUUCUUUCUGUGCUGGCUCCCCAACCAGGCGCUGACCCUUUGGGGGGUGCUCAUCAAAUUUGACCUGGUGCCAUUCAGUAACGCGUUUUACAACGCGCAGGCCUACGCGUUCCCCAUCACCGUGUGCCUGGCGCACACCAACAGCUGCCUGAACCCGGUGCUUUACUGUCUGAUCCGUCAGGAGUACCGGAACGGCCUCAAGAAGCUGCUGUUUAGAGCCACUCCGUCCAUCCGGAACCUGGCCAAGCUGGUGUACCGGGGGAAGAAAGUGGCGGAGGCUCAGCCCGGCGUGUCUGUGGUGCAGAUGGAGAUCGGGAUGUGACGUGACCAAUGAGGAGAAAGCCAUUGGGACUCGUUUGAACUUUCGAAUGCAUUUAUGUAUACAUCUGCAACGUGGACUUUCAAAUAUCAGACAUUGCUGAUAUGAAAUAGCAUUGCAUUGAUAAAACAUGAACAUCAAAAUUCUGGACACAUUUUUU